AUGGCAGCCAAGAUCCUGACCGAGGACCAGCAGGUUGACGGACUCUGUGCCGUGAACGGAAGCAAUCUGGUCAACUACAAAGAAAGCUUCAGACGCAUGGAGCCGUCGGCACCAGGCAGAGGCAACUCGUCAGCGGUGACUGUGAAGCAACUGGCCCACAGCUGGGGAGAAAUUCAGGUCAAGAUCUACUACAAGGCGUCUGUCAAGAGAAUGCAGGUCGCUACCAUUGCCUUCUCAGCCAAGCAUUGCUGGGAGCCCAAAUUUGAGACCAUUUGGGGUGACCAGGCGCUGCCAACAUACCUGCACAACAUCCUGUGGAGUGAGGUCAAGCCACGGAAGAUCACCCGAGCCCACUUCAAGACGCUUAAGAGCGGGAUCAUCGUUGACAUAAACGAUGAGUAUCUGGAACGCAAGGUGACGGAGGUGGGAAAGGGUCUGGCCAGCGUCGUGGAACAACUCAAGAAGUUCCGAGCCGAGGUUGAUGAGGCAAAGGAGCAUGUGUUCGUGGGAAUUGACUUGUUCAUUCCCACGGAGUGCAACGCUGGAGCAACGGACACGCUGGAUCAGCUGGAAUUCGUGGUGCUCGCCCCAACCCGAGGUCACCCCGGCAAGGACUACUUCAAGGCCUCUCCCAGACAGCAGCUCAUCGACAUUCCCAACUUUGAGGCUCGGGCCGGCACCAGCAAGGCACCAGACCCCGCGCGCAAUCGUUGGCCGGACCAAGGCUCCAUGACGCUCGACCUGGGGCGCGCGGUGAUCGAGGAGAAUAUGCUCCAGAGGUUGUCCGCAGACAAGAUGCGCCAGACCGAGGUCAAGGUGCGCGCCGUCAAGGUGCGCUGUGUCCAAGGCCACGUGAUGGAAUGUCUCCUCCUCGCCAACGCUAAAUAUCCGGAGCUCCUCCCUCGAAUGGAUCAGAUGUGCAAGCUCAAGCUCGUCAAAGUCAGCUACAAGGGCCCGGAGCUGCCGGACUGGCCUCGAAGCGACGGCGAGGAGAGCAAGGUCCGCGCCCGCGAGAUCAUCAGAGGCUUUGAGAAAGCAGAAGCUGGCGCGGGAGGCAAGACUGAGGAGUGCGACGUCGUGAUUCUCAAAACUCUGGCACGCCUGUACAUGAGCGACAAGGCCCCCGAGAACAUGAGCGAGGAAGAACGGGACAAGCUCAGGAAGACAGUCGAGGGAUGGUACCUCGAACUCAAGCCAAGGAAGACACGGGAGGACGGCGCGGUCAUCCGCGAGACAAUGCAAGCAUGGAAAGACCGCGUGAUGCAGUGGGCCCUCGAAAACAAGGGAAACAUCAAGACCCCAGACUGGGCACCAGACCCCGAGGAUCAAUAUCCCCUGAAGGCCACUCGUGUGGACAUGCCAACCGACCUCAUCAGCAAGGCAGACGCAGCCUUCAUAGCCUACAUGCCCAUGCACCCCCUCUGGCCCACAUGGAAGCACCCGACGACCGGAGAGGAGCCCCCACGACCCCUUCCUCUCACAUUCGAACUUCCGUGGGUCGACGUCACAAACAAGUACCACCUGAGAAACGAUGCGUACCAGGUUGCAGGAUACUUCUUGCCCGAGCACCAAGGUCUCCCGAUGAAGGCAUGCGUUGCAGCCAUCAACAACCUAGCCCUGCAGGCGGACGGGGACACGGAGGGACCAGCCGCAUUCAUCAAGGAUCUGAGAAGACCAAAGGAGCUGGUGCACCUGCCGAACAUGUUCCCAACCAUCGGCCGUCUCAUAGCCGGCACACCGGAGCCUGGUGAGGAAGACCUACACACCGCGUUCAAGUCGCUCAACUCGGACCAGAAAAAGGUGUUCCUCGCCGAGGGUCUGCCGUACGGACACCUGGUCAUCCACGGCGCCCCAGGAUCAGGCAAGACAAUGGUGGGCCUCUUGUUGAUUAUCGCAAUCAUCAAGGACAAGAUCGACACGCACAAGGGCAUCACCAAGGCCAAGCCAACCCUGCCUCGGGAGACCCGGGGCGGGCUGGCACCCGAGGAAGACAAGAAGGAUGGCCGGAACAAGGUGGUCAUCACCUGCAGUGAAAACAUGCAGGGCAAUGACCUCUGUGAGCGCCUGUCCGCGGAGUACAGGAGGAUCCGGAAGUCAGAGCUCAAAAUCAUCCGAAUGAACACUUGGACUCGGGAGGAGGGAUACGUCAUGAAUACCAACCGAGCCCGACGUGAGGAUGACUUCGAUGAGGUCGACGAGAUCACACUCCAUGCGAUCACUCGAGACAUCCUGGAACUGGCCAGGGACACUCACGCGACAAAGAAAGACCGCCGGCCCCACGGCGGCGAGUUUGCACUCGGCGAGCAAGUCUUGAGCCUGAUGAGCACAGACGUCAACUACAGGCCCGCCUGGGAACUCAUCCGCGAUCGGAAGGUCAACCCACAGGCCUUCGAGAACAACCUCGCAGUGCUCAAGGAGGCCUGCAAAAUUGCAGCAGAGCAACUCCUGGAUCAGGCAGAUGUUAUCGUGGCGACUCCAACGGCUCUGCACACCCUCAGGAACCAUCAUCCAAACAUCUGCGACAAGGUCCGAACCGUGCUGCAGGAGGAGGCAGGCCGGCUCACGGAGCCAGAGUGGCUUGUCGCCGUGACGGCAUGUCCAAACGCCCAGCUCCGGGUUACGACAGGAGAUCCGAAUCAGUCCCCGCCCCUCGUCUUCGGAACCAAAGCUUUCCGCGUGGGCAAGUCGGGUUUCGGAGAAGGUACAUACUGUCAGAAAGCACAGCAACUGGCCACUCCACUUAUGACGAGAUGGAUGAACUGCAGACAGCCAAUCACCCGCCUGAUGAAGUCACUGCGACAAAGCGGACAGCAAGAAGAGUUCAUUUCGGAACGCUGGUACCGGGGCGACAUGGUUUCCAUCAGGGAUCAGCAGGUAGAGGGAGGAGCCAAAAAGAACAAUGCGGAGCUGGCAGCCGACAGGAUGUUCUCUGAUGAGAACAUCAUCGGAACUCCGAAGACCCCAGCACGCAUUGUCAUCUGGAACGCAGAGACCAAGGACGCCGUCCAAGUCGGAACCAGCUACAAGAAUGAGGUUCACACCAAGCUGGCCAUCGAUGCUGUCCGCAAGCUGCAACAAUAUGGCCUAUCCUCAGACGGAGAACAGGUUCCAGACGUCGGCGUGAUCUGCCCAUACGGAGCUCAGGGCAAGAAUGUCCGACAGGCCCUGAACAAGGUGCCAAAGACGGACAUUGUUCACGACAGAGUCGAUGUCCGAACCAGCCGAGGAUCGAUGAGCAAGGACUGGGACUACGCAGUCGUUAUCCUUUCGAGGGACGACCGCCGCUCAGGAUUCACCAGCUCGCGGGACAACAUGGUGAUCUCGCACAGUCGCGGAAAACUGGGAACGAUCAUCAUCAUGUCCUGCACCACCUGCGAGGCACGGACCAGCAUCGGCGACAAGGACCUGUGGGCGUUCAAGGAAAAAAUCGACGCACAGCAGGGAAUCUGGACCCCAGAGAGGCGGUUUAUGAAGGACUACUGCAUUCUGUGCGGCAAUUCCCACGAGGCAUACAAGUGCAGGGGAGCAAUGAGAGGCAAGCCUAUGCAACCCCAACUGAGCGCAGACGACAUCCGAGCCCGAGUGAUGGGAAUUUACCAUGGCAACAAGGAUGCGGACGAGGAUACCAGCAAGGUAGCUGGCGAAACCACCACGAAGUACCACAAGAAGAAGGCCGAGCCGGAGCCAGCUGUCAAGCCCAGGAUCUGGGGAGGAGAAGUCACAGUAAGGAAGCUGGGAAAGACCACAGCGGAUGGUCGUCGACGUGUUGCGCGGGAGCUCCAGACAGCGACAGCGGCAUUGUUCAAGGACUUGGCGAAGGAAGUUGCCGCGGAGGAGGCCAAGCAAGAGCAAGCCUUCUACAGCCGGCUGGAUAAAGCCAAGAAGGAUCGUGAGCGGGGAGCUGCCGAGGAGGUUGUUAGGACUUACGGAGAUGGAGGUGGUGUCGAGGUCGAGAGUAUGUGGUGA